AUCAGAGCGCGCGGUGCAGCCCAAACAAAGAGCUAAAUAAAUCACACACACAGGGCAUCAGUGGUGCUGCAGCAGAGAAAAAUCAUACCGAGUUCAUCUCCAGAACAAAUCUAACUUCCCACAAUCUGCAGCCAACAUGACGGCCAAUGGAACCAGCGAGAUGCUUACUAUCCAGUUUGGACUUAUCAAUUGUGGAAACAAAUAUCUGACUGCUGAAGCGUUUGGUUUUAUAAUCAACGCUUCAGCCACGAGCAUGAAAAAGAAGCAGAUCUGGACUCUGGAGCAGGACGGUGAUGACUCCAACGUGUUCUUUCUGAAGAGCCAUCUGGGCCGCUACAUUGCUGCAGAUAAGGACGGCAACGUGACUGGAGACAGCGAGACGCCAAACGAGGACUGCCGCUUCGUGGUGACUGCGCAUGACGAUGGCCGCUGGUCCCUGCAGUCCGAUCCACACAAGCGCUACCUGGGCGGCACCGAGGACCGCAUUACAUGUUUCGCACAGACGUCUGGCCAUGCGGAGAAAUGGAGCGUGCACAUCGCCAUGCACCCGCAGCUCAAUCUGUUCAGCGUUACGCGCAAGAGGUACGCGCACCUGAGCACCAAGGAUGACGAGGUGGCCAUCGACCGCGACGUGCCUUGGGGUGUCGACUCCCUCAUCACUCUGGUCUUUCACGAUCAGAAGUACCAUCUGCAGACCAGUGAUAACCGAUUCCUCAAGAACGAUGGUACCCUGGCGCAGAAACCUGACAAAAGCACCGGGUACACUCUGGAGUUCCGAUCUGGAAAGGUCGCUUUUAGGGAUGGAGAGGGAAAGUAUCUGGCCCCAUCUGGGCCCAGUGGCACCAUGAAAGCUGGCAAGAGCUCUAAGGUGGGCAAGGAUGAGCUGUUUGUCCUGGAACAGAGCCACCCUCAGGUGGUGCUAACCGCUGCCAACGACAGGAAUGUGUCUACCAGGCAAGGAAUGGAUCUCUCUGCCAACCAGGAUGAAGAAAGUGAUCAAGAGACGUUCCAGAUGGAGAUCAGUAAAGACACAAAGAAGUGUGCUUUUAGGACCUGCACUGGAAAGUACUGGACACUUACUGCUAAUGGUGGACUGCAAUGCACUGCUUCUACUAAGACGGCAAACUGCUAUUUUGACAUUGAAUGGCGUGGCAAGAAAAUUACCCUCCGUGCCUCCAAUGUAAAAUAUGUGGCAGCCAAAAAGAAUGGGCAGCUGGCUGCCACCAUUGAUUCUGCAGGAGAGACUGAGGAGUUCCUGAUUAAGCUGAUUAACAGGCCUCUGAUUGUGCUAAGGGGAGAGCAUGGCUUCAUAGGCUGCAGAAAGGUUACUGGUACUCUCGACUCCAACCGUUCUUCCUAUGAUGUCUUUGGCCUUGUGUUCUGUGACGGAGCCUAUAGCUUUCAAGAUUCCACUGGGAAGUACUGGAUGAUUGGUAGUGAGUCUUCAGUUCUGAGCAGCAGCGAUGACCCGGUAGAUUUCUUCUUGGAGUUUUGCGACUACAACAAGGUGGCCAUAAAGUCAAGUGAAGGAAAGUACCUGAUGGGAGACCAUGCUGGUGUUCUGAAGGCCAAUGCUGAUGACCUCUGUAGCUCCACUAUGUGGGAGUAUUAGAAGCACUUGAAUAACCGCUAUGUUCUAUUUCAAUUUCUGCUUCUGUUUUACAUUUUAAAUAUUAUUUUUCACCACAAGCACAAUUGGGCAGACGAGGGUAAGGGUUUCCUUUUGGUGGUUAGAUGGACUCUCUUAAAGUGAAUAUCUUUGCACACAUUCCAGCACCAGUGCCAUACAAUACUAGCGAUUAUAAACAAAGAAUACGGCUCAUUGCCAGUGCUUAAAAUGAUGUUUUAGCUGGUCUCUAAUUUGUUACAGUGCAACAAUAAAGCUGUGGUUUGUCGGUAUCUAACUAAAAAUAAAGUUUUAAACAGUAGGUCUGAGGAAGAGUGUACAUGCAGUGUGUUGGGAGCCACAUUCUCACAGGUCUGCUGGGUCUCCUCAGAGAGAACUGUUGGAUGGGGUAUCUGUAAUCCUUCCCUAUUCCUCUUGUUUGCACAGUUGUGCAUGAGCUUUCUUUAGAUGCGUAUCAAUUUAAGAAAAUGUUCACUAACAAAUGCCUUUGCAAAGAAACCCUGUAAAUCUCAGCUGUGUGGUCUUUACCCUCACUAUCAUAUUGCCAAUUAUUAGUACCACACUGACCAGAAAAUGAAUGGCAAUAUUGAUGUGUAGUUGAAUGAAUGUUGAUUUAUGACUGUCCAGACAUAUAUAACACCAUCAUGAAGUGUUUUCUUUAACCACUGGAAUGUCCUGUUUACAGCACUGAUGUUUGAUUCUGAAUUUGAAGAAUGGAUGUGCUGGAAAAAAGUGUUAAUGUGUACUGGAUUUCUGAUUGUGCCAUUAGAUUCCCUGUUCCCUGAUAAACAAAAACAACAAGAACUGGACAUAUUACAUUGCUUCAUCUCAGCUAUAAGACAGAUCUUGAAUCCAAUGGGGAAAGUGUUUAAAAUGUAUGUCUGUAACUACAAUGUCAUAUGAAAAUGCUGUUUAGAUGUGAGAGUGAUGUAACUGAUCCGUUUGAUCUGGUAUGUUGUUGCAGGUCAACAUUAUUUAUACUUAAUUAAGGCCUCAGUUCUGCUUGAUCAAACUGGGUUAGUGUAGGAUGGUCUGUGUUUAUUGUAAAAGUGGCAUAGAUGAAUUUGAAAAUGUAAAAAGGUUUUUUUUAAAUAAGGCACAGACAUUAUCAUAAACCCUAAGACAUGAUAUAUAUAAUAUGUGGUUAUAUAAACAUGCACAAAGCUGCUACCACUUGCUCAUUUUACUAAAAAGUGAACAAACUGUUCCAGUAAAAGGUGCUGCUUAUCAAUUUCAGGUUUACAUCAAACCGGCCUGGUCAUACGUCAACAUAAUAUAGUUCAUUACAGCCUCAAACCUUACAUACAUUGUAGAGUAAGUAUAAAAAUCACAUAUUCCACUCUCACAUUAGUUUGUCAUUACAGAGAAUACACCUACUUAUAGGGGCGUGGUAAUGACUGUGCCUUACAUGGAAAAUACAGUAUGGCUAUACUGGAAAGACAUGGUGUACUUCUUAAAACUUAACUGGCCUCUCUUUUUAUAUUGUUUUUAUAUUAUGGUUGUUUUUUCAUGUGCCAUGGGUACAAAGAAAAUAUCAUAAAUUUGAUUAUGAAACAAAUUAUGAGUGUGUCAUUAUUUUUGGUCAUUUAUUUGGCAGUGGGGCUCCAGUUUCCUCCCACAGUCCAAAGACAUGCAAGUGAGGUGAAUUGGAGAUACAAAAUUGUCCAUGGCUGUGAUUGAUAUUGAACUUGUGAACUGAUGAAUCUUGUGUAACCAGUACCUACCGUUUCUGUCAUGAAUGUAACCAAAGAGUGUAAAACAUGACGUUCAAAUCCUAAUAAAUAAAUACAUUUGGCAGUUUACUGGCUCAGCAGUUAA